CGCAGUCGAUCAGCUGUUCUGUGUUGUGGUAAAGAUGGCCCUCAGGUUGGGAAAGUCCGUAUUUUCCCUUAUUCCUCGUGCUACAAGGCCCCAGGGGCGCGCCCUCAGCACAACAGCCACGAGAUGGGUGGAUGAUCUCACCGUCAAGCAGGUGGAGCCUCGUGAUGCACGGAAGUCCUUGCUUUCAGCCGAGGAACUAGAGCAUCAGAAGGCACUCUCUGGUUAUAUUACUAUCGAUACUCCUGCUGACAUCACCCCAAUUACGGGUGUCCCAGAGGAGCACAUUAAGACGAGGCGCGUCCUGAUCAAAAAGCCAGCCAAGAACUCCAUGCAGUCAGGAACCAGUAACAUCCAGCUGUGGCGUAUAUCUUUUGACGAGCGAGAGAGAUGGGAAAACCCUCUCAUGGGUUGGUCAUCCACAGCUGAUCCCUUGUCUAACAUGCAGGUUGAGUUUGGAUCCAGAGAGGAAGCAAUUGCCUUCUGCGAGAAGAACGGCUGGGAGUGGUUGGCUGAGGACCCCCCUGUGAAGCCCCCACGUGCCAAGAGCUAUGCUGCCAACUUCUCGUGGAACAAGCGCUCUCGUCGUUCCACCAAGUAGAUCCUAGGAAGCACGAGAAGGCUCGACAUGAUAUAUUUUUUUUCGAUCUUAGGCUGAAUCUAAAGCCUUCAUCUAUUUUUUUUUCUUUAUUUUUUCCAAAAGUCCAAAAUUUAAGCAGUGGAAAGAAAGGUGUAUAGCAAACAUUUAUGCUGUAAAUAUAUUAUUUAAGAAAUAAAAGAAAUAACAAU